CGGUGCGCAGAUCAGGCAGGCGCAAAGAAAAAUGAGGGAGGGUCGUCAUCGAACAUUUGUGUGUCUCGUCGAUCAGUUCAUUACAGAACUAUUCAUCGUAACGAGUGAGAAGGCGCGUAUCAUUGUGUUAUGCGAGUCGUUCUCGGAUUCGUAAACUGUUAGUUGUGAAGUCGCGUUCUCGUUCGCGCGAAACCGCUUCACUUUGUUUCAAAAACACGGACAUCUUGUACUUCUUUUCCAGGAGUUAAAAAAGGACUGCUUGAAUCUUUUUCUCCCCGAGCUACCCUCCGAUCUUCCACAAAAGACCGUGGUUGAAAGGAACCUAGGCCUAGCCUUUCCCCCAAAAAUAUUCAUUCUGAAAACUCUGUCAACAAAACUUGGAUUGUUUGUAUGCUAUUGUGAACGUGAACUGAAAUUGUGCUACAAUUUACAACAUUAUAACCUCAGGAAGAUGAUAGUCCUAAUAUCUUGAAUCUAGAAUUCUCCAGGAUAUUGUUGCAGUGCUUAAUAAAAAUUUCCCUCUGUACUUCGUGAACAAAAUACAAGAAAAGGUUGAUUCCACCAGAAGUGAGCUGCUUCACUAUGAAGCAAAAAAGGUGAAACCUUCUUCAAAAUGACAUUAAGUGCUAAAGUGUUGAUGGGGCCAUCCAGUAGAACAUUGCAUUGUUGAUUUUGUUCUUUUUUUUAGUUUUACUUCUUUGCUAUCUGAAAGUGGCCAUCUUUUUUCCGAAAGAAAAUUCUCGGCAUUUGCCUCUUCUAAAUGUGCCCUGUUAGAUAGGGUUUAAAACUUCUUUAUUUUUAAUUUUUGUGUUUAUUUGUUUCAACUUAAGGAGUCAUCCUGGUACCCAUACGCAAAAAGAGGAACUCCACACUCGCCAUAACGGAGUCCCCAUACAGUAAUUACCCGACGGACUGUUGUCCAUCAAACCACAUGAACAUGAUGAACCCACCUGGACAGUCCCCGCAUCAUGGGGAUCAACAUCACAUGAUGGGGAUGAUGGCGACCCACCAUGGUGGUAUGGCUAAUAUGCAGCCCAUACAGCAACCUCAUCCACAGCAACAACACCAACAACAUUUUUCGCCGCCUAGUGGUGGACCUGUUGGUAACCGCAAUUGUGCGGGUUGUGGAGCUAAGAUAAUGGACAGAUACCUUUUACAUGCACUUGACCGCUACUGGCACAACGGGUGUUUGAAAUGCUCGUGUUGUCAAGUGCUAUUAGCGGACAUUGGUACUUCUUGUUUCACAAAAGGAGGAAUGAUCCUUUGCAAAAACGACUAUCUCAAGCUAUUUGGGAGCGGUGGUGCAUGCAGUGCCUGUGGUCAAGGGAUUCCCGCCAGCGACUAUGUGAUGCGGGCUCAAGGUAACGUGUACCACCUCAAAUGCUUCACCUGCGUCAAAUGCCACAAUCAGUUGGUACCCGGCGACCGCUACAACCUCGUCAACGGCAGCGUGCUCUGCGAGCAGGACUGUAUCAAAAUGCUCAAAGGAACCGUCAGUCCGGCGGGAGUACGGAAGACGAAGAUGAGGGUCAACUCUGCAAUUAAAGUGUAGUUUUUGUUGACAAAUAAUAUAUAUACGGCUCCCCUUGUGGACUGGAGCAUACUCGUGCUCAACUCCAAAGUUGGUUAUUGGACAGGUACUCUCCUCUCCAGGACCGAUACUCUUGUAAUAAAACAUUUGCCAAAACUUAUGUACUUAAAACUCCAAAGCCGUUCUAUGGACUUUUUUCGGAGAUGCUGCUGACAUCAUAGUAAAUUUAGUUUUCACUUGUUGCACACUUUUCUGUUCAUUUCACAUAUUUUUCGAGAUUUUUUUCGCGACAUCGGAGAAGGAGUGCAUUGGCAAGGUCUUUUGCUGAUAUUUCUAAACCGAAUUCUUCACUCAAGUUGGCGAGAGAGGACUUUCUUUAUUCUAUAUUUUACAGAACUUUUGUUUUCUAGGGUCGACGAUGAUUGAAGAAAUGACCCCCUUCUGUGGUGCCAUAUGCCAAUCAAGAGACUUAAUCUUUACUGCACAAUCUGUAUAAUAUAAAUAUAGAAGGAACUAUUAUAAGAUAUAUACGCAGCCAGCAAUAAAACGAUCCACUUUUUUUCCUUCUUUUUUUUUUGUUGACUGUUGAGAACUGUUGAUGAAGUCAAAUUCUUGCAUUCUUCUGUGAACAGAACUGUGCAUUGAUGCAACUAUGAAUUGCAUUUUCUUAUUCUGUUUGUUGACAAAUUCCGAUUCAGGUUACUGUAAAUAUGCAAAUCACAUUCAACAUGUAAUGUAAAGAAUUUUCUCAUUAA